AUGUCCAUGGACAAGAAAUGUCAGGCCACUGACACCAAUCCAUUAUCCAGUGCACUUCAAUAUCUUCCAGUUCCAGAUGACAACUUAACCAUCAAUAUUGUACAGAUUGGAUGUGUUGGACUUAGAGCUGGAGAGACGUGUGAUUCAACAUGUUUAGAGGUAUCAAAUAGAUGGAUAACAAAUGUGGACUUUGCAUCAAGUGACAAUCGGAAUCAAGCAAAGAUACGUUGUCCAUUGCGUAUUGGUGCAUGUGACUACAAAGCCAUGUAUAGUGCACAAGAAAUGUCACCACAUUCAGUAUGUAGAUAUCCUGAGAUCAAGGGAAUAUUGUUAAAGGUUGGUGCUGGUAUGGGUCUUCUCAAUGGAACAUUGAUUACUUUGAGAUUGUUGAUACGUGCUUGGUGGAAUAGGAUUGGUACUAGAGGUGAGACACCCGGUACAAUCAAUGAUUAUUGGCGAGGUCUAUUAGUCGGUCUCAUUUUCAACUACUUUGGUAUUGCCUACCUCACUGCUGCCUCUGCCAUCAACAAGCGAUUCAGAUACGGUGGUCAGCUUGCCAUUGGUUUCCUCAUCAUGUUCUUCAAGUAUUGGACACCAAUGAGUAUAUUACUUAUAUUUGGAUGCAUUGGAGUAUCCAUAUUGACACGAACAACUUAUAAUCUGUUGGACUUGGAGAUACAGUCGCGGAACUGUGUCGUUAUGUCACAGGAUUUGGAUCAUUUCAACAACUUGAACUCGGAAAAGAUUGAUAGAGAUGAUGAUCAAUUCACUUAUAUACCACCUGAUAAGGUGAAGCCGGUACUAUUCUCACAGUGGCGUCACUUCUUCCUGGGCUUUGCCAUGAACAUCUUUGCCAUCUACCCUCUGGCCAAACAUGACAUCAAGCGAUACAGUGGUCUAAAGGCUGGAUUCUAUUUCUCAAUAUGCACUGUCACGCUGGUCGCGGUAUGGAUUGUACUCUAUUCCUUGGACGCGUGGCAGUACAUCACGUUCAACUUCCCCUUCCCCCUGGGCCAGGCUUCGCGCUCAGACCACCAUCAUCACACCACACACAACUCAACGACGUCAUCAUCAAGCGAGCCCAGUUCAGAGGACUCACAAUCGAUCCCUCUGUCAGAGGUGUAUCGAACAGCAUUCCUACAGUCGACAUACUUUGCAAUAUCAUGGUCAAUGAUCAUGGUCAUAGUGUAUCACUUCUCGUUGUUUAUCAAGUAUCUGCCAGAGACUAGACCAUGGUUCUCAUUUGUUGGAUUGGCGAGGAAGCCACAGGGCAAGAAGACAGACUACAAUCUAGGUGUACUACUUAGCACACUACCAAUGGCAUUUGCAUACUUUUGUUUCUUCUACUUUGAGUUCACGCCCUAUGUCAAUGGUCCACUUCCCAAGUCCCCAGCAGACUGCACCUACCCUGGCUGGACCCUAGUUAUACCUCCACUUGGUGUAAUACCGGCCAUUGGAUUCUUCAUAUUUGCUCAUACCGAGUUGUUUAGAUGGGGCGCACUUUCAUCGAUUGGAGUCAACUUGAUGGUGUUCUGCCUUGGAUCAUCGGCAUUGUUGUUCAAUUAUUGUUUGGGUUCGAUACAAGAACCGAAUGCAAUCUAUGUAUUGGACAAAAAGAAUCAUGAUGGUCAAUACAUUGAAGAGGAGAGAUUACUCCAAAACAAGCCACAACAUCCUAUCAAUGUUUACUCGGACAAGUGA